GGAUCCAAAAAAAAAAAGACAAAAAAAAAAAAAAAACAUGAAUCGGAUUCUGUGCUCCCCCUUUCUCCUCCUCCUCCUCUCAUGGAUUCCCCUGCUCUAAAGGUAUGGAGUAUGUUUAUGAGCAGCCAAUAUCAUGUUGCAGUGCUUAGAGGGGAUCAAGCAACUAUUUGUUGUCCUUUUGAAGUGUUGUGAUCUCGACAAGCAGCCAAAGGGUCUUGAAGAUCCUGAACUUUUAGCAAGGGAAACAGUUUUUAGUGUAAGUGAAAUUGAGGCUUUGUAUGAGCUAUUUAAGAAGAUAAGCAGUGCUGUGAUUGACGAUGGCUUGAUUAACAAGGAGGAGUUCCAACUUGCACUCUUUAAGACUAACAAAAAGGAGAGUUUAUUCGCUGAUCGGGUAUUUGACUUGUUUGAUACAAAGCAUAAUGGAAUUCUAGGAUUUGAAGAAUUUGCACGUGCUCUUUCCGUAUUCCAUCCUAAUGCUCCAAUUGAUGAUAAAAUUGAGUUUUCUUUCAAAUUAUAUGAUCUCAAGCAACAAGGAUUCAUCGAAAGACAAGAGGUUAAGCAAAUGGUAGUGGCUACACUUGCCGAAUCAGGCAUGAAUCUUUCGGAUGAAGUCAUAGAAAGUAUCAUUGAUAAGACUUUUGAGGAAGCCGACACAAAGCAUGACGGGAAGAUCGACAAGGACGAAUGGCGCAGUCUCGUCUUGAGACAUCCCUCUUUGCUGAAGAAUAUGACUCUCCAAUACCUUAAGGACAUAACUACUACCUUCCCAAGCUUCGUCUUCCACUCUCAAGUCGAUGACACCUGACGUUCCCGAUCUUCAUGCAACUCCAAAAGCGAGCUUUAUGUGUUUCUGCAAUGGUUUAUUAAACUGAUUUAGAUUGUGCGAGCACCAUUAGGUUAGUAAAGUGCGAAGAGAGAUUGUGUUCUUUUCUAAUUUUCUCCGCAAUAACCUUUUUAAGUCUUUGUGGUUUGUAUUGUGGGAUUAUUGUUUC